GAUAAUCAGCUACAAUACCAUACUCAAUUGGUACCUUGAAAGGGAACUGUCUGCUGACAACCGGUAUAGAACAAACAAGAAGCAUGGAAGGUUUUUUUGUAGACAGUAAACUGUGUGGUUUUAUCUCUGUUACUUAACGGGAAAGAAUAAUUAAGCUAAUUAAUCACAGUUGCUAAGUAUUGCACCCUAGCUGUUGUCCUUUUCUUGACUGGUUCCGUUAGUAUUCUCCAAGAAGAUGAGAGAUUGAUGCACUUAACCUAGAUUAGCGACUAGGUACUUAAUUAAUUCUAUCUUUGAGGUACGCGGCGUGUUACUUACUUUCCUUCACAAACAUCGCGUUAGACGAAAAAACAGCAGGCCGCGGCCGUAGGGAGAAAGUCAGAGUUAGCGUACGUAAAUUAAAUAAUGGAGGGAGGGAGAGGCGCUGACGCUGCGAAGGAAGGGAGCUUUUCUUCUUCAUAAUUUAUAUAUGUGUUUUUACUUUGUUUGAGUUUGACCAGCCGGCGCCGGCGGUUUAUACAAAUGGACCGGACGGCGAGGAAGGAAGGUCUACGUCUAUUAAUGAAGUGAGAAUAAUUAGCUAGGCGCGUUUAGAAAUUUUAAACAUAAACAAAAGAGGUCGUCGUCUGAUGGCCAACGUACCUUCUAAAAGUCUUCCACCCAUCAAGUGGAAAAGAGAGUGAGACCUAUAAAUAAAUGAUUUAGCCUUCGAUGAAUGGAGAAUUGGAGAUGGUGAGAGUUUUAGAUAGAAUACACAGUUUUCAUAUAGACCCAUAAAAUGCAAUAACGUGUGUCAGUGAAAAAUAAUGUUAUUUUACUGAACGAAAGUGAAAAUUAUGUUCUUAGUGGUAAAAAAAUUAUGUCCUUUAUUCACAAACUCAAGUAUAUGCUUUGAUUGUAGAGAUAAUUUGAUUAUUAACCAUAUGUCAAUGUAAAAAAAAAUGGUAUGUUUUCGCAUAAAAAGGGUAAAUCAUAUCGAAUUGAAAAGAACAACCUAGAACAACCCUGGAGUGUCGAAAUGCCAAGGAGUCGAGACCGUAAUGAUUUAGCAUUAUGAACGGAGAUAGCUAGUGAUCAGCACAAGUGAACAAGUUGGUUAAUGGUAAAUUUUUUUUGUUCUUUUUACCGGAUGAAGUAACUUGCUGAAUGUAAACUUGAUAAGUACAUAAAACGUUUGUGCAUGCAUGUUAUUCUCUCUAACUCAAAUUUACUUCCGACACUAAAAGUAAUUCGAUCAACUAACCCUACGUCAACUCAAGAAAAAUGCAUGUUUUCACGUGAAAAAGAGGUAAAUCCUAUCAUUUGUAUCUACUAGUUGUCACAAGAAUAUCAAAAGAUUACAUCAUACAUAUACACACACAUUUUGUUCUCAUAUUCCUUUUAGAGCAUCUAGUUUGUUUAUCUUUGCCACCCCCUAGUUUAUGGAAUCAUACCACUAAUAUAAUGGACCUUCUUCAUCAAAGCAAUAAGCUAGGAAAAAGGGGAAAUCCCCACCAAAUGGAAUAUGGACCAUACAUAAAAUAAUAAUUUCUCCUAUACCCAUAUAAUGCACAAGCCAAAAUUCCCUCACCGUGUUGGCUUUCUUUCUCCCCAAAAAAACAAAUCCAACAUUUCCUCAAAUCCCUUCUAUAUAAUCCCCCUCCAAGUUCCCCCCUCUCUCUCCCCAACCAAAUCCAUCAUCAUCAUCAUCACAACACUCCAUUUCACACCCACAAAACAAAGACAAAAAAAAAAAAAAAGCACAAUGAAAGAGCCAUCACCGACGAAACAAGGUGGAGACAACAAGAGAUACGCCCUCUUGAUGGCGGCGAGGGACUCCGACUACGUGAAGAAAGCCUACGGCGGCUACUUCAACGUGUUCUUGGCCGCCUUCGCCGAGCAAGGAGAGGCAUGGGAUUUGUUCAGGGUCGUCGACGGCGAGUUCCCCGACGUCGACGACCUCCAUUGCUACGACGGGUUUGUUGUGAGCGGCAGCCCUUAUGACGCCUAUGGAAACGACAAGUGGAUCCUCAAGCUAUGCUUCCUCUUACAAACCCUCGACUCCAUGAAGAAGAAGGUCCUCGGAAUCUGCUUCGGCCACCAGGUUUUGUGCAGGGCGUUGGGAGGGAAGGUGGGGAAAGCGAUGACCGGAUGGGAUAUUGGGUUGAGGAGGGUGAAGAUCGUGGAGGAUCUUCUGCCACCAUUUUCAGGGAGGUUCCUCGAGGAUCUGAGCCAGAUGUCGCCGUCGUUGUCGAUCAUCGAGUGCCAUCAGGAUGAAGUGUGGGAAGUUCCUUCUGGUGCGGAGGUGAUUGCGUUUUCGGAGAAGACUGGUGUGGAGAUGUUCGCCAUUGGAGAUCAUGUGUUGGGUAUUCAAGGUCAUCCUGAGUACACCAAGGACAUUUUGUGCAGCCUCAUCGAACGACUUCUCAAUAGCAAUUGCAUUGAGAGGGAAUUUGCUGAGAAUGCUAGGUUUGGGUUGGAGAUAGCCGAACCGGACCGAGCUCGUUGGGAGAAGAUCUGUAGGAAUUUUCUAAAGGGAAGAUAUACGAGAUUGGAAUCGACGUGACUUCGGAUGUGAUAUGUUUAUCUUGUUAAUGUAACCAACCGCGUGUCGGUGGUUCUUCUAUCUUGAUAGAAAAUGUCUUGUACGUCAUUAGGGGGGAAAAAUGUGCAAAUUACCGUUUGUAUCCCAAGCUAGACCGAAUUCGAUCCACCGACAUGGCCAGAUUGUAAACUAAGCCAAAUACUGCCACUUGUAAAAAUCCCCCUUGUCAAAUCUAGUUUUAUGCUUACUAACUAACCAGAAUCCUACCUGGCAAACCUCUAGGUUUUAGUUUAGUGGUAAUAGGAUAAGAACAUCAAUCAAUUACAUUAUCAGUACUUCUCGACCCGUUUAUACUCCUAGCUAGAUCAAAUUCCACCAACAUGAUCAGAUUGUAAACUAAGCCAAACAUUUGCCACUCACAAUUCACAAACACCUCUUAUCCGUUACACGAUGGAUUCAAAUUUUGGAGCCAACAACCAUCUAAAAGCCUGCGUGGCUAACUAACUCUACCUUUACUUUGGAGAUAAUGUUUUUAUGUGUGGAUGAACAACGUUCGUAGGGACAUGUUUGGAUUAUACGAAGAAAAAGAAAAUGUGGGGACGUGAAAGAUAUUUUAUAGUAUGGAAUAUAGUUGGAGGAAAUGAAUUAAUAAGAGCAGAAAUGUUUUCGUGUGGGAGUGGGAAUGUAGAGGUGUUUCCAACGAGGAAAUAUGCAAAACCGAACAGAAGAAAACGUGUAGUGUGCUUGCAUAAGGAAGGAGUUAGGGGGGGCAUGCCACACACAAUCCCAACAUGUUCCAUUUUUAAAUAAUGUGGAAACUACAAGGAAUUGGUUGUAACAAAAUAAACCAUCCGAGUCAAUAUACUUCAUCAUUUUUUGUUUGAAAAAAAAAAGUUUCUCAAUUUUGAAAUCUAAGAUUACAAAACAAUUACUCUCGAGGGUGCCGUAUUCGGUGCACCCACUUUUUCGGGUGCACUCAAUGCACCCGUCUCAUAAUUGUCAUUCUGACCAUGCGAUUCAUGUCAAAACGAUAUCAAUUGUUGCUUAUGAUAUUAUGAACAAGAAGCACAUGAAUUUGAAAAAAAUUCAUUCAAAAUUUACUUUAAUUCGAAGGAUUUAGGUUAGGGUUUAGGUUUACAAUUUGGGAUUUUGGGUUGGGAUUCAAAAUUGAAUGUUAAGGGGUUAGGGCAAUGGAUUGAUUUGUUAUGAUUCUAUGUCAUAUCAUCAUAUUAUAUUGAGAGUACUAAUUAAAAUUCAAAAUUUUAUGUAUUAUGGACGCUUUUAAAGUUGGGUGCACUGAGUGCACCCAAAAAAGUGAGUGCACCGAAGUAGCCACCUACUCUCGAGAUAGAAUGAACAUAUCUUUAUGAU